AUGACGCUAAAAGGCUUUUACGCAUUGAAAUAUCCAGUUAUGGAAGUGCUCCCUUUUAGGGACCAAAAACACGAAAGCGUCGUGAUAACAGAGCCAAGAUUGGUGUCGGAAACCAAGGUGUUGCUGGACAACAAGAUCUUAUGGAACGUCUUGAUCGGUCGAAUGCCCAUAACAGGAACAGCCAAGAUUGAGAUUCUCGACCCAAAACUCAUCAUCGUCGAAAGGAAAGAAAACGUCAAGAAGCCAAGAAACGUCUUCAAGCUCAACUACGAUCAUCCGGACGUCAAAGACAUCAAGAAAUACGGCAAAGUCACCACCACCAGAGACCACUGCAAAAAAUAA